GGUUUAAGAUUAUAUUAAGAUUUAGAUUGGUUUGAUGAAGUGAAAGUUGUGGGUUUUACUUCUCUUCCAUCAUGAAUUCGGUAAUCACAAAAUCUACGGCGGUGCUAUAUCACUAUCCAUGUCCCGACGGCGCUUUCGCCGCUCUGGCAGCUCAUCUCUACUUCUCCACUGUUUCUAAAAACCAAUCACCUCUUCUCUUUUUCCCCAAUACUGUCUAUAAUCCCCUCAGACCCGACCAGCUUCCCCUCCAUCAAAUUGCCGACGUUUACCUUUUGGACUAUGUGGGUCCUUUUGGAUUUGUGCAGGACAUCUCUUCUAAAGUUAACAGAGUGAUUAUACUGGACCACCACAAGACGGCUCUUGAAAAGCUCACUCAUGAUUGUUCAAUUGGUGAAAAUGUGAUUAAAGUUAUUGAUAUUCAGAGAAGUGGAGCUACUAUUGCUUUUGACUAUUUCAAGCAAAAGCUUGUACAAGAUGCUGUCGCCAACUUUGAUGUUGAUGUUGGUUCUUCUUCCCAACACAAAGUGCUGAAUGAAUUUGAACGUAUGAGGAAACUUUAUGAAUAUAUUGAGGAUGGGGAUCUUUGGAAGUGGAGUCUUCCAAAUAGUAAAGCUCUAAGCAGCGGUUUGAAAGAUUUGAAUAUUGAGUUUGAUGCUCUCUUGAAUCCUAAUUUAUUUAAUCAGUUACUAUCUCUGGAUAUGGAGACUAUGAUUAGUCAAGGAAUAGUGAGUUUAUCUCACAAACAAAAAUUAAUAGACGGUGUUCUGAAUCAAUCAUAUAGCAUUACACUCGGUGGUGGAGCUUUUGGACGUUGUCUGGCUGUUGAUGCAGAUUCUGUUUCAGAACUAAGAAGUGAAUUAGGACACCAAUUGGCUACUAAGAGUCAAAACUUAAACUUCAGAGGCAUUGGGGCUGUUGUAUACCGAGUCCCUGAACUUGGGAAUGACCAGAUGUUGAAAAUAAGUCUUAGAAGUGUGAACGAAGAAGACACAACUCCCAUCUCACAGGAAUUUGGAGGUGGUGGCCAUAGAAAUGCAAGCUCCUUCAUGUUAAGCUCUACAGAAUUCCAGAAAUGGAAGAUUUGAACACACAGAAGUAAGCAAAAGGCUGAUUUCAUGUGCGCUAGUCUUUCAUUGAAGGUAACGUUAUAUCCUUGGGACAUAUCAGCAUUAUGGGAGGUGAAAUGAGUAAGUUGUUAUACUCUAAAUUAUAGAAGGUGUGCUAAAGCUUGGAAUAAAUCUCAAGGAUUUCAUGUGGGUAGGAUGUGAGAUAGUGUUAAUGGCUGAACUUAUAUGUGAAAUGAAUACGUUGUCAUGAAUUGAAUUCUAUCUACACAGACCAAUCUUGGCAGUGUUCGAGAUGGGUGGUGGAGGAUCUUGUGAAACUUAUCGAUAAUGGCUUCCUGUCAACUUAUCAAUAAGUAAGUGUGUUUAUUGCUUGUGGAUA